CUUUGACGUGAAAAUCUGCUCUGGUGAAAACCGAGCUUUCGAGUCCAUUGUAUCUUCUCUGGAAAGAGUUUUGGUGAUUCUUGAUCGCAUGGAAGACACUUGGGACCUGAGAAAUGAAUGUGAAGUCGGUUCAGAGUGCUGGAAACUACAAUCACUACGGACCGGAGCUCAUGGAAUACCAUAAAGAAGUGUCUGUAUGAGGCGUACGAUUGAUGAGGCAUUGUAUCUACCAAGAGUCCGUUCAGGAUCUGAAUUGUACUGCUGAAGGAUUUCUACGAGAUCAAGGAUCUUGGGGAUAUGGAAAAGACUUCGAGACAUUAAACGGUGUCGACACUGGAACGGCAAACUCCAAAUAUCGUCAGGUAUGGACUUCCGGGAUAAAAGGAAAGACCCUCCACAACAUGACGGUAGUGAACUGACUAAUUAUGCUCCUGAAAAUUCUGGACAUUCUGAUGUAUACUCUAAUUUUCCAUCGAGAUAUGGAAUAUCGUCAAGUAUGGACUCCACGGCGGGAAAGAGAGUUCCUUCUCGACCUUCUAGUAGUGAAACAUCGUCUAGUAGGAACACCAGGGAUAAAAGAAGAAGCCCUCAAAGACUUGACGAUAUUAGUGGCCUAAUUACAUUUCCUACUGGACAGGCCUAUAAUUCUGAAGGAUACUAUCCUUCUACACCGAGGUUUGGUCCUCCACUUGUCGGCGAUAACCUUCCUCCUACACCUAAAUUUGGUACCCCAAUGUGGAGUACAAACCGUUCCCUCCCACUUAAAAUUCCUGAUACACAUAAGCCUUAUGGGCCUCCUUUAACCAAGAGGUAUAAUUAUCGACAAUAUCAUCCACAUCCAGAAUCCAUACCACCUCCGACUCCAAUAGCUGGUGUAGUACUUCAUGAACCUGAAGGAAGAAGUUACUCGCGCGAAUGGACAGCUGCGGAUGAGGCCCGCGAGAUAUUUCACCAUUAUGAUAAGACGAUUUUUAAACCUCACGAACGAUCAGCAGCGGAUGAAGCCUUUGAUAUAUUUAAGAAUUUUGACGGAUCUACUUCUAAAGAUCACGAACGGUCAGCGGCGGACGAAGCCCGCGAAUUAUAUGAAAGUAUUCAUGGCCCUAUUUCUCCAACUUCUCCUGCAAAAACAUCUUCAAAAGCUCUCAACGCCUACAACCAUUACAAUAAAAAUCAUAGGAAUAAAUCCCCAGAACCUAAGUAAACUUAGGUAUAUUUAAAAAGGACGUGCACUAUUGGCAUUGAGUAAACUUUAAAUGAGUCUUCUCUAAAGAAACGAUUUUUCGUAGUUCUAACUUCAAAAUUGUCCGCGCGACUC